GUCCUGUCCUCUCCCUCUCCCCCGCAUUCAUUCAGUGCUGUGCUUGAAAGAGUCCUCAUCCUCAUCUAUUUAUUCAUUCAUUCAUUCAACUUACCCCAAUCCAAUUCGACUCAUUCGCUCUUCAUUCAACAAGAGAUUCAGUCUUCAUCAUGUGCAACAAGCCUGGCAACCCCAACCGUGUGGUGCUCCCCACGAACGUGACGCCCUCACACUAUACCCUGACCAUCACCCCAGAUUUGGAGAAGUAUACCUUCCGCGGAUAUGUCGAGAUCAACAUCACCAUUCACGAGGCCACAAAGACUAUCCAGAUCAACACCAAGGAGCUGACUACCAGCUGGGUCAACGUCGAGAUUGAUGGCAAGACGCACGACGCCGCCGAGACAACCUUUGAUGAGCACCGCGAGACCACCACAUUCACCUUUGAAUCAGAGCUGCCCAAGGGUUCAGCAGUGCUUAGCAUGCACUUCGAUGGUAUCCUCAAUGACAAGAUGGCCGGUUUCUACCGCUCCUCGUACAAGGAUACCGAGGGCAAUGCCAAGGUCAUGGGUGUCACGCAAUUCGAGGCAACGGAGGCCCGCCGCGCCUUCCCCUGCUGGGACGAGCCCUCGGCCAAGGCCACCUUCUCGAUCAAGCUGGUCAUCCCCGUGGACCUCGUUGCCCUCUCCAACAUGCCUGUUGAGUCUGUCACCAUGGUCGAGCCCGAAGAAAAGACAGUCCACUUCGAGAAGACCCCCAUCAUGUCCACUUAUCUCGUCGCCUGGGCUGUUGGAGACUUUGAGUACGUUGAGUCGACCACCACCAAGCUCGAGAACCCUGUCACUUGCCGCGUCUAUACUCUCCCGGGACUGAAGGAGCAGGGUCGCUUUGCUGUCGAGAUCACGCCCAAGAUCCUCGAGUACUUCUCUGAGAUCUUUGGAACAGCCUAUCCUCUUCCCAAGAUGGAUCAGAUCGCUGUCCCUGAUUUUGAUAUGGGUGCCAUGGAAAACUGGGGUCUUGUCACGUACCGCACUGUCGCGCUCCUCUUUGACGAAAAGACCUCCGAUUUGCGCUUCAAGGAGCAGGUUGCAUCGAUCGUUGCUCACGAGCUGGCCCACCAGUGGUUCGGAAACUUGGUCACGAUGGAGUGGUGGGAUCAUCUCUGGCUGAACGAGGGGUUCGCUACCUGGGUUGGAACCUUGGCAGUCGACCACCUCUUCCCCGAGUGGGACACCUGGUCCAGCUUUGUUGUUAACGAUGUUCAGCGCGGAAUUGCACUUGAUUCUCUCCGCAGCUCGCACCCCAUUGAGGUUCCUGUCAACGACCCUCAUGAGAUCCACCAGAUCUUCGAUGCCAUCUCUUAUUCAAAGGGUGCCUCUGUCAUUCGUAUGUUGAGCAACUGGCUGACCCUGGACGUGUUCUUGGCUGGAAUCCGCCGCUACCUCAAGAAGCAUGAGUACCAGAACGCUACCACUGAUGACCUUUGGGCUGCCCUUUCAGAAGAAUCCAAGAUUGAUGUCGGCGAGUUCAUGGGCACCUGGACUCGUGUUAUCGGUCUUCCUAUCUUGGAUGUCUCAGAAUCGGACGGCGUCGUCUCGGUGGAACAGCACCGCUACUUGUCCACCAACGAUGUCAAGCCUGAAGAGGACGAGACCAUUUGGUGGGUCCCCUUGGGCGUGUACCCCAAGCCCGAAUCGAUUGCCGAUCCUAACCAAACACUCAAGACGCGCUCGCUCAAGUUCGAGGUCCCUGAGGGCCCUUACCUGCUCAACAAAAACUUCAGCGGCGUCUUCCGCACCAAUUACCCACCUAGCGCCAUUGCUCGCAUCGGCCAGGCCAUCUUGAAUGGCUCAGAUCUUGUGUCGUUGAGCGAUCGCGCUGGACUCGUCGCAGACAUCUCGUCCCUGGCCAAAUCUGGCCACACCGCCACCAAGAACUUUUUGGACCUCGUUCAGUAUUACAAAAACGAGGAUACUUACAUUGUCUGGGAGCUCCUCGCCCAGCGUGUGGGAGAGAUCGCAUCCGUCUUUGCCGAUGACGAGCGCAUUUACCAGGGUAUCAACCACUUUCAGCGCAACCUGAUUGACGGUAUGGUUCAGAAGUUGGGAUGGGAGUACCCCGAUGGCGAGGAUUACCUCACUAGCCGUCUUCGCAAUGUGAUCCUGCGCACUGCCGGCCGCGCUGGCCAUGAGGCCACGGUUGCGGAGGCCAAGCGCCGGUUCGCCAUCUUUGUGUCGGACCCCAGCCAGGAUGGUAUCUUGCACCCCUCGAUUCGUCAGACAGCCUUUGAGAUUGUCUUGAGCAAGGGUGGGGAAGAGGAGCUCAAUCAUGUGCUCAAGUACUUCCGCAGCGCACCUAAGCAGGACCAGCAGGUGGUUGCGCUCUUGGCUCUCGGGCAUGUGCAGAAGCCUGAGUUGAUUGCGAAGGUGCAAGCCCUUGCGAUCUCGGAGGAGGUCCGUUCUCAGGAUAUCAUGUACGUGUUGAACGGAUUGUCAGUCAACCCCAAGGCGCGUCUGUCAACGUGGGAGUUCGUCAAGGCCAAGUGGCCUUUGUUGGAGGAGCGGUACAAGUCCUCGAUGGGUCUGCUGGGCGCAUGUGUCAAGGCGCCGUUGUCGCAAGUGUCGGACAGCAGCCUAGUGAAGGACGUGACAGAGUUCUUUGUCGACAAGGACACCAAGAGCUUCCAGCGCGCGUUGGACCAGGCCAUUGAGAGUCUGAACGUCAACUCUGCCUGGGUCGCACGCGAGCAUGAGGGACUCACCGCCUGGUUGACGGCCAAAAACUACUGAACUAUGGAGAGAGGGCCCCAUUGAGCGAACGUACUACAACCGGUGUAAAUGUAAAAAUAAAGCGUUUAAAUUUCGAUUUGAG